AUGCUGGAAAUGGAGUUUCGAAAUCUACGGGUAGUUGGUAAUUUCUUUUUUUUUUUGGUGUCCAAUAUUCCAGCACAACUUCAAGUUCUUUUUACGAUAGCGCGAAAAAGUUUUCGUAUUCUUUCUCUUAAUCAUUCAGUUGAUUUUUUUACCAUCUUUCUUCUGUCGCUCAGUUCAGGGACAUUUAUCGUAAGAAGGUCCACACCCAUUGAUGUACAACUUCAUGUUCAUUAUUGUUUCAAAUCAUUGUACAUUUUUACUAUCGCUGUUAAGGGUUAUUAUUCGCUGUGA